AUGAUCUCUACUAUUACUCCACUACGUUCUCUGGCGGACCCGGGUGGCGUUUUUGACACCCCUAACGAGAAAUGCCCUCCUGAUCGAGGGUCGUCGGACUGGGUGACAGACAGUUCGGCGCGCAUCUUCUCCUCUUCUCCAGUUUCCGACCGAUCAUCCAUGCUCAGUCUCUCCGAACCUGACUACUUCCCUAAAUCCAUCGUCUAUCCGCCUACUCCUCCGCCUGAGGACGUCCAUACCACACUCGACUCCGUUUCGCUUGUCCCUGGAGCUGUAGUUGCAUCGCCUCAAGCAAUCCGUGGCAGAUCUCGAGCCCCUGCUCAAGACCUGAUAACGCCUCCCUUGACUCCAGACGAUGGAGACGAUGGGGAUGGAAGCGUCUCCGCGAUCAGCGCUAAACAGUCGAAUGCCGCCCUCGAUUUUCUGACUGCUCUUUUCCCUCGCAAUGGUCUUAGUGCUUUGCCCUACGCCAAGAGUGUUUCAAUCUCUGCUCCCAACAUGGCCGGUGCCUUUGAGGGCGUCGUGCUAGAAUUACCAGGCAAACCCAAGACUAUCUAUGUUAACGGCAAAAACGCCGAUAGUGUUAACUUGAGGGAAAGCAUCGUCGUUCUUCUAGAGUUGGCCGAUGAACAACUGCAGUGUUCCGCACUCGUCAUCGCUCUUGAGCGGUCUUCCCCUGCUUUGGGAGACCUCUUACAUGCUUUGAUGUACGUGGGUGGCACCGUUGUGACUAAAGCUCCUUUCCAGGUUGACCCGGCGUACGUGCUUGUGGGCAUGGAGAUAUGA